GGUAUAGCAAGCAGUGGUUGUAUUAUUUAGGUUCAAAAACCUUUAAAAAAUAUAGUAGGUACCUAAAAUAAAACAUUUUGAGCAUUCAUACUUUCUUUAUAAACAGUUAAAAACUAUAUUUUAAUAAUUACAAUAAAUUGAACACGAUGUCACACACGCACUGUGCUAUACAAGGAUGUAAAAUAAGUAUUUUUAAUAAACCGAUCGGCGUUUAUCUUCAUUCAUGCCCUGUGACCCAUGAAAUGAGAAAUAAAUGGCUUCAUGCAUUGAGACACAAAUGUGCUGUACUUGACUGGACCAAAAGUCGAAUUUGUUCUAAGCACUUUGAAAAUAAAUAUUUUGAUGCUCAAAGAAAGCUGAAGGAAAAUGCUAUACCUACAAUGUUCCCGAAUGCUACUAAAUCUCAAAAAUAUGACUACCCCUGUAAAGAUAAAGUUGACAUAGGGUUAAAUAAACUAACUCAGGCAGAACUUGUAAAUGAUAUCAAGAACAACUUACUGAGACUUAAAGAACCAAGCAACUUUGACAAGAUGGUCUCAGAUGACUUAAAAUGUAGAAGUGAUGCUCCAGUAGAGGUUCAGCAAUGGCUUUUAAUAAAGAAACAAAAUCACUUAAACACAAGACUAGUUGAGCUUUUGGGCCAGAACAAAAGACAUGUUGAAAUCUUACAAAAGAAUAUGGAGGAUUCACGAACUUCCAAGAAAACCUUGAGCCAAAACAUAGAUACAUACAAAUACAUUGUAAAAUGUCUACAAGAAAAACUGGUAAAUCUUGAGGAACAAAUUGAAAUUUUAACUGCAGUAGAAUCGCGGUAGAUUCAUAAAUGUCUUAAGUUUACUAAUAAAUUAAAAGGUUAUGUUAUAAA